CAUGUGGUUGAGCAUCACUAUUUACUGUAUAUUAUGGACUAUCAACAUUGCGCCAGUACGCUGCCAUCUUCCCGAUUAUGCAUCGACUCCCUCAAACAAAAUAGACCAGUUUUGCAGCCUAGCAGAUACUUGCAUACACGAUACGAUUCCAAUAUGCGGAAAAAUGGGAGAUGAGAAACGAACCUUUUUGGAUCUCUGUGACUUACUGGAGUUUGCGUGCGACACUAAUCAAAUUUUUGUACAUGUUGAAGACAUGGCAGGAUGCCCCAAUAGAAGCCGAUGA